CCAGACGCUGUGGUUAAGGUGAUUGGGGGGAAAGACUGUUGAGCAAGCCCACCCAGACCCUUUCCAGGCCUGUCCAGACUUGGGGAGCAGGGCAACUGUCAGGGAUGAUGGAAAGGGGUUGGCGUUAGGAGGGUGGAGGGCAUAGGGCUCCUGGGAAUGACAGAGUCUAAUGUUGGAAGCAGAGUGGCUGUUUGUUCCGUCCCAGCACAGCUCCUUCUGGUCCUGACUGAACCAGCAGGGUCAGAUAGCAGACCUUGACUGCUGACCUCUUGGCUAAUGGAGGGAGGGACAGGGGAGGAAGUUGUCAACUGUAACAUCCAGGGGUCCAAGCUGUCCUCAGGGAGCUCUCAUCCAGAGUAUUAGGAGUAAUCUCUCCCUGGCUCCAGGGGUGCAGGUCACGAUUCACCCUUGAUUUGAGGAGCAUUCAGAGGAGAUCUGAACCAGUCUAUUCUCAGGACCCAAAUAUGAGUAAAACCCAGACCAGUACUGGGUUGAGGGUGAGAAUGAAGAUAUGAGGCUAGAGGAAAGGGCUUAGCAGGUAUGGGGGGGAAGUGGACUGUGGUCCAGGGAUGCAUUUCUGAAGGGCUAGAAGUGGUGGGGAUGCCAGCCAGGUGAUCAGUUUAGGGGGAUAAUCUGAAUUAAUCCUUGUAAUCCAUGGACCCAGGAUUCCGCCUCCCUCCUAAUCCCAUCCCAGCAGAUCAUCCUCUCUGAGGACUGAUGCAGCCAUUUAUCCCCCUUUAACCUUAUUUCUAAACGCCUAGAUUCUUUCAUUAAAAAGAAAAAAAAAGUUAAUCUUUUAAAGAUGCAAAAAGUACAGUAUAUUAUACACAUUCUUCUGCAAACUUUCUUUUUUCCUUAACUUUUUUUUCUUUUUACAUUUAUUCAUGCUGUUUCAUAUAGCUCUAGUUCAUGAAUUUUAACUGCUGAAUUCUGUUCCAUUGUUUGAAUAUACCACAAUUGAUUUAUCCAUUCUUCUGCUAAUGAGCAUUUGGGAUAUUUCCAAUAUUCCAUAUUGUAAACAAUGCUGUGAUGGACAGUGCUGUGCAUGCCUCCUUGGCAUAUAUGUAAGCACAUCUCUAAGGUAGAUACCUAGAAGUAGAAUUUCUGGGUCAUAGAAUAUGUGCACCUUAAACUUUACUAGGUAUUGCCAAAUUGCUCUAUAAAGCAGCUGAACUGAUUUUUACUCCACUAACAGUGGCUGUCAAUGCUUUUUUAUUUUAUUUUUUAAUUAAAAAAAAUUUUUUUAAGAUUUUUUUUUAUGUGGACCAUUUUUAAAGUCUUUAUUGAGUUUGUUACAAUAUUGCUUCUGUUUUGGUUUUUUGACCAUGAGGCAUGUGGGAUCUUAGCUCCCUGACCAGGGGCCGAACCCACACCCGCUGUAUUGGAAGGCAAAGUCUUAACCACUGGACCGCCAGGGAAGUCCCUCAAUGCUUUUUUAGAUUGACUAACAUAUUUAUAAAUUUCUUUGCUCACCAUUCCUUCUUGCAUUUCAUUCCUUCCUUCUUAUUUCAGUUUCCUUCAUAUGAAGUAUAUCCUUUGGUAGCAUUUCAGUGAAAGUCUUUGAGUGGUAAACAUUCUCAGUCUUUGUCUUAAAAGGUCUUUAUUUCACAACACUUAAAUGGAAAUUUAGUGGGCCUAAAAUUUUAGGUUGACAAUUCUUUUAGACUUUUGAAGAUAUUCUAUUUUUGUCUAUAAUCUUUUGCUGCUAAUAAGAAGUCAGCUGCCAAUAUAAUUGUCUCUCUAGGCAAACAAGUUUUUAAAUUUUUUUUAUUUUUUGUUGCUUUUAAGAUUUUUCUUUUUCUCUUCAGUAUUCUCCAGUUUCACCACAAUGUGUUUAUAAGCUCAGUUCUCAAUCUGAGGACUGUGUCUUUCUUUUAGUUUGGAAAAUUAUCAGUCAUUAUCUCUUGGAAUAUUAUUGGGUUGGCCAAAAAGUUCAAACGAACUUUUUGGCCAACCCAUACAUUUCCCUCAUUCUCUCUCUUUCAGGAAAAUAUAUGUAUAUGUAUAUUCAGUGUGAUGGUGUAAUAGGCAUAUUCUUUUCCUCAUGUCUUUUUACUAUUCUUUCAUAUUUUCUAUCUCAUUAUUUUCCCCUUUCCCCCCAUAUUUUGAACAAUUUCAUCAGCUUUAUCUUCCACUUCACUAAUUCUCUUUCCAGCUGGGUCUAGUCUACUGUUUAAUGUCUUGAGUCUUCAAUGGUAUGUCUUCCAUUUCCUAAUUUUUUUUUCCCUCAAUGAGCUGCUUUUUUUUUUCACAGUACAAUAUUUUCAUUAUGGUUUACUUUCUUGUCUUUAAUCUUUAACACUUUUAAGAAUACUUAUUACACAGUGCUUGUCAUGUUGUUCUAUCAUGCACAGUUCUUGGAGUGUUAAUUGUCCUGUUUGUUGUGUCUGCUGAGUCUUCCUUAGGUGGAUUGCUUUCUUGUCUAGUUUAUAAGAUUUUUAUUGUUCUUCUUCAGUAGGUGUUUUUGAUUUGUCACUUUUUAGUGAGACUCCCAUAUACCUUGGGGUAUGAAAACAGUCUUGGAGAGCUCUUUCUUGCUUCUGUGAGGCUGUGUGGUAUUCCUAGGGAUUUCAAGUUGUCCUAAACCAGGUUUAUAUUUAAUUUCUCUGCUUGAGGAUUCAGCAUCAUGCAAAUAACAUAAAUCCAGAUGCAACACAAGCAUUUUCUCAGGCUCAGACUUCAAUUUCUCAGGGUUGACUUGGAUUUCCAACCCUUUUCUCUGCUUCAUUGGACUGGCAUGUGCCAUUUUAGUCUUCUUUCCAUGGAUAAGGUAGAUCUUUGAUGUUCUGAGCUUUAUGCAGGGGGUUCAGUCGCAGCUCUUUGUCUCUGGUGGGCUGAGGGCACAGAGCCUAUAACUGAAAGCAUUAGAACACAUCUCCAUGUCCCUGGUAUAUGUCUGUGAUCUGUGUCUGAAAUGAACCAUGGGCUACUGUGAUAGUCCCUCCUUCUUCUUCUCCUCCUCCUUCUUUGUUUAGUUUUAUAGUCUUUCUUUAAUUCUGAUAUCUGGGAAUUUCCCUUUUUAAACCAAUUUUGCCAUUGUUCAUAUGUUAGUUUUUAAAUUCUGUUUCAUGUAGUAUUUCUGUGUGUGUUUUAGGGGACACUGGGUGAAGAAAAACUACAUUAGUUCAGUUUGUCAUGUAGUCAGAAUUUCCUUUCCAGAUUCUCUUUAUCUUUAGUAGUAUUCCUAACAAUCCCUAUGUCUGUAAGGUGCGUUAUAGUUUGCAAAGUGUUUUCGUACAGUUUCUGAUUUAAUCCUCUCAACUUUAAGAAAUGAAUAUUAUUGUUCCCAUUUUACCAAGAGGAAAGCUGAGACUCAGAAUUCUAACUUUAUUCCUAGUUUUUGGACUUUGAAGCCAAUGCAUUUCAUAGCUUGGGUUUUACAUGGAGAGUUUGCCUUUUCUUGACCUCCAGCUCAGGCCCUGAUUGUUCUGACCACCCGCUCUUUAUCUGAGGCUCUCUGAGAGGCUUUCUGCCUAACACGAGGCAACCCUUUGGCUCUACCUUCUCAGGUUCAGCUCCUGGAGCUAUGCCAAUCCCCUUCUGCUCGGCUUGGCCUCAGCGGAAAUAAUGGGGUAUAUACAGGCCAUGGCUAAUGGGAAGACUGACUGGCAGCUUGUCUUCAGGGUCCUUUAUUCACUCACCACCGGGUCAUCUCUGCUUCAUCUUGAGAAAGGGCAGGCAAUGUAUACUUGUGUGGCGGGGAAAGGGGAACAGAAAAAAAGAAAAAUCCAGGAAAAGUAGAGCUCGUCUGGGAUUUGAACCCGGGACCUCUUGCACCCUGAGUGAGAAUCAUAGCCCUAGACCAAAGAGCCACUGAGGGUUACUCUUUGCCUCUUGUGUCUUCUUUGCCACAUCAGCCGUAGCCGCAGUUUGUGGUUCCUAGAAGGGCCUGUCUUCUCCGUCCAGGCUGGCUCCCAGCCCAGGUCGGCUGCACUCCAGCAGGCUUUGCCCCUCGGCCCUCUCCGCUCCUCCCUGGCCCACUGUGGAGCCACACAGUGAUUAGGCAAGGUCCCAUCUUCCCCGUGACCAUCCAGUUCUCCCGCAGGGCUGCCAAGUGGAGUUCGUGGGGUGCUGCUGGGGAAGGGCAGGGAGGGAGCCAGUCUCCAGCCGGCCCGCCUUCCGGGAACCCCAGGGCUGAGGGGGCCUGCCUGGCAUCUCCUGCACCCAUGAAGAACCACUCUUCUUUCUUACCUCAUGAUCAGACCACCAGAAAAAAUCCUCCAAACUCAUCUGCCUCCUAGGUGAGGACUAAGAAGUCUGUCCCAGAUCACCCUUGACUAGGUGAUAUUUGCUAAAUUACUCAGUUUCUUCAUCUGUCAGGUGGGGAAGUAACACCUGCCCUGUCUGCCUUACAUGGUAGUUUGAGGAUCAGGUGAGAAAACGUAUGUGAAAGCACUCUGCAAACUGUAAAGUGCUGUACAAAGGAAAGGGGUUAUUAUGAUGGCAACAUGAGGGCAAGGAGAAAAUACAUGAGAGGAAAGCUGCCACUUAAUGCUUACUGUGGACUAAGCAGUGUGAUCUGUGCUUCACAGAUCUUACUUAACCUCAUAACAGCCUUGGGAGACAGCUGUCACCCCACUGUAAGAAAAAGAAACGUGCUCAAAUUCAGCUUAUACGAAUCACGUUUAUCUGAAUCCAAAGCCUGUUUUAAAUGCGAUACACACUGCUACCCAGACUUUCUAGAAAACCAGAGAUGGGAAUACAUCCUGUAAAUACCCACACUUCCUCCCUCACCCCAGCCUGCCCUGUUCAUCCCCCGCAGGGAAGCUUCAGGGAAGAGCCUGCCGAUCGGCUAAGGGUGGCCUGGGUGGGGUUCUUCAGGCUGGGAUUCCCCAAAUGAGAGUGAGGGGGGAGGUCACACCUCAGAAACUGGGGCCUUGUAGGAGACCCAGUAGGCUCUGUCUGGCUCUCUCUUUUGUGCUGCCACUGUACCACAUCCAUCACACCUCCGGGACCCUUUGCCUCUGGGGGUGGGGUCCCCUCUAGGAGGCUGGGAGCUUCUGCGGGGACAGAGAUCUGUCUUAUUGACCUUUGGAUCCAGCCUUGUGUCUGGCACUUGGCAAUCCUGCUGACAAAACAAACAACUCCCAAGCAUUUCUGUGUACCUGGCCUUAGGUAAGCACUCUACCAGAUUAAUCUCAUUUCAUCCUCACAGCACAACUGCUGUUGUAGGCAUCUCUUAGCAAAUGUCUGUGGAAUAAAUGAAUGCGUGAAUGAGGGAAAGAAAGCAAGCCAGGAGUGUGCACCAAAAAACCACCAGGGGCAACAGAUAUUCAGGUGGAUCUUCAUUACUUGGCUCGAGGUAAAAGCCAUAAGCCUAAAGAAACCCUCCCACCAUCCAUGCAAAAGCAGGCUUCCUAAUAAACCAACACGUCUGUUGGAUACGGGGAAGAAUGGCCCUCGCUUUAGAGAACAUAUUGGCUAACAUUCCUUUGUACCCAGGGGAUGAAGGUUUAUUAUCCCCAUCCAGGAGUGUCUGGACCAGAUGACUGGCUCCACUAACCAAUCAUGGCCAGAGAGAAAAGCAACAGCUCAUCUAUUCUCAAACCAAAGGGACUUUUUUGGGUAGCUGUUCCCCAGCUUUAAACUGGCUUAUAAAUAAAAGCCACUCAACGCAUCAUUCCAUUACCUCAGAACACAUUUCCUAAUUGUUUCUCUCACUGGGUGUGCCAAGGAGGGAGAUGGCUCCAAGCAAGGGCGCCAGGGGGACUUUGCUGAGAAUGUUUCAGGGCUGAGACCGGGAUUGGGUCCCAGCCAGUGCUUCUCUCUGGGGUACUAUUGGAAUUUGAGGCAGGAUCAUUCUCAGCGUGGCCUGUCUAGAGCAGCGUCCUGCCCACUCAAUACCAGUAAUCCCUUCUUUGCCAACAGCCAUAAAACACCCCCCUCCCAUCCCACACACCUCCAAAUGCCUCCAGGGUAACAGGGUCGGGGAGAGGAGUGCCAUCUACCAUGCAUUGUUUUCCAGGCUAAAAUUACUGUGGCCUUGAUCUAGGCCGUAGGAGUUUAGGCCCUCAGUGGUUCAUUUGUCUCUGUAUUUCAAAGCCAGCAGAUGAAAUUCUCUAGGAAGAGUCAUGGCUGUACCUUGGGUGGGGCGGGUGGGGGUUCUGCUCUUUCCUCCCAGGCGUCGUGAGGAUGGCAUUCAUUCAGGCAAAUCCUUGGACGAUUCCUCAUUUUCACAAGAGCAUGUAGAACUUUCCCUUAUCUCACCGCUUGUCUGGAGAGUCUGACCCGUCAGUAUUUAACAGACAACAUUGUCAUAACACAUUUCAAGCUCAACACAUCAUUUCAUCCUACGCAUCAAAAACACAGCAAAGAGUGAACACUGGUUGCUUCUGGAGAGGGGAACCGGGAGCCUGGGUGGGAAAGAAAUGUAUUUUUCACUGUAUAUUCUUUUGUACUUUUUGAAUUUUGAGCCCCAGGCAUAUACAAUCCACUUGUAACAGAAAUCCACUUGAUAAAAAACUAAGCAGGGAGAAGCAAUGAUUAGAGAGGCUAGGGAAUAAUGCCUUUCAAGCCUCUAGAGAGUUGAAAUGUCCUCUGGAUUAGAGUAGCCUGGCAGAGCUGGUAUUUGGCCCCCAGCCGAAUGGUUCUGGUUUAUGCCCAGUACUGAAUCGUGCUUUGUGUGGAGCCCAUAUCGAGGGUAACAGUCUGCAGGAGACACAAUCCUGUGAAACUGGUUGUUGUGCUAUUCAGGAAUGCUGUUGAGGAGGACAUCGUUUACUAUAUCACACCGAUGUCUCCUUUGUGAAACCCCAUUCUUGUCUGUCAUAAUCUGAAGAACAGUUGGUUUGUGUUGACUUUCUGGACAGCGAAUUAUGUAAUUCACUGGGCAGGUCUCGGAUGAGCAGACAGGAUGACUGGCCGCUGGGGCACCGCUGAGCUAAGGGCAGGCGCAGGUGUGAACAUGGCGUGAGAGGGGCAGUGAGCAAACUAACCUCGACCUGGCUGGGGGAGGUCUGAGUAGGAAAGGUACCCUCUCUGGGUAGACUCACCAUGAAGAAACUGGCAGCCUGGGAUGCCUUAGACCUCUAGGCAUUGUCGAGUUGCCCCUGAACUGUUCUAUGAAGGCUGUUACUAAGGUGCUCCAGGGAACUCUCCAUUCCCCGCCCCUUCCUUGCAGCCUGAGGCUGCUUCCCAGGCUGGCUGUGAGCCCAAGAUCCCUGGAGAGGGGCACUUAGGGGGCACCUUCCACAAAGGGGCAGAUGGGGUAUAAACACCUACAGGGAUAUAGUAGUGCCUGAAGUCAAAGAAGGGUGCCUUCCAUAGGUCCACUCAAAGCGAAAAAAAAGCGAUGGAGGGUCUUCAUUAAAUAUGGGUCAGCAUCUCCCAGGCCCUAAGGAGCCCACUCCUAUUCAUUCCAGCACCUGAGCAUUGCAUGUCCGGAUUCUUGGAGCCCAAUCUUUUAUCCUCUGAAGAACAUACAAUUGGCUUUGGGGCCACAAAAGGUUUAGGGGGGGGCUCAGGGGCUUUAAUCCCAAACUUUGUCCUUAGGAGGCUUAGGAUCAGUACUGAUCUUUCAGGGAGCUCCAACGUGGCUUUGGAGGAGAGGUUCUUUGGCAGGAUCAGGGAGAAGUGGUGGCGGGAGGAUGAUCUAUAAGAGGAAUCAGAGGGGGUGGCGGACAUCCCAUGAGCAAGAUGUCCGAGGAGGAGGAGUUUUUUCUGUUCAAGGACAUCUCCUUGGUGGGGCCGUGGUAUGGGCCUCAGUACCACCUCGCCCCUGUCUGGGCCUCCCACCUCCAGGCAGCCUUCACGGGCUUUGUCUUCUUUGUAGGGACGCCCCUCAAUGCCACAGCGCUGGUGGUCACGCUGCGCUACAGAAAGUUGCGGCAGCCACUCAACUGCAUUCUGGUCAAUGUAUCCCUGGGGGGCUUCAUCUACUGCAUCUUCUCUGUCUUUGUCGUCUUCAUCACCAGCUGUCAUGGAUACUUUGUCUUCGGCUGCCACGUUUGUGCUCUGGGGGCCUUCCUGGGCUGUACAGCAGGUCUGGUGACAGGCUGGUCACUGGCCUUCUUGGUCUUUGAGCGCUACAUCAUCAUCUGUAAGCCCUUCGGCAACUUCCGCUUCAGCUCCAAGCACGCACUGAUGGUGGUCCUGGCCACCUGGACCAUUGGUAUUGCUGUCUCCAUCCCACCCUUCUUUGGCUGGAGCCGGUUCGUCCCCGAGGGUCUUCAGUGUUCCUGUGGUCCCGACUGGUACACCGUGGGCACCAAAUAUUACAGCGAGUACUAUACCUGGUUUCUCUUCAUUUUCUGCUACAUUGCGCCUCUCUCCCUCAUCUGCUUCUCCUACUCUCAGCUGCUGGAGGUCUUCAGAGCUGUUGCAGUUCAGCAGCAGGAGUCAGCUACAACCCAGAAGGCUGAGCGGGAGGUGAGCCACAUGGUGGUGAUGAUGGUGGGAUCCUUCUGUCUCUGUUACACGCCCUGUGCUGCCCUGGCCAUGUAUACAGUCAACAACCGUAACCACAGGGUGGACUUAUGGUUUGUCACCAUUCCUGCCUUCUUCUCCAAGAGUGCUUGCGUCUACAAUCCCAUUGUCUACUGCUUCAUGAAUAAGCAGGAAAAGCUCUUCCAAGCUCGCAUCAUGGAGAUGGUGUGUGGAAAGCCCAUGACAGAUGAGUCUGACAUGUCUAGCUCCCAGAAAAUGGAAGUUUCUACCGUCUCUUCCAGCCAAGUUGGCCCCAACUAAGGAGCCACACUGGCCUGCUUGCAGCAACAAGGAUUUUACAUUUAAGGAAAUUUCUACUUUCUACCUUCCCUGUCAAAAACCAAACUGCUACAGCACAGAAAAUGGGAAGGGGAGUGAUAGCAAUUUGAGGUCAAUUUUCCAUUUUCCUACUAUUUCCUUCCUACCUACACAAAGCUACUGUUCCAGUUGGGUCUACUUCAGACCACCCCAAAGGCCAUUUCAACAAUCAUCAGUUUCUACUCUUAAGUGGCAGAAUUUAUAGCACUUGGAGAACAGAUUUCUACAUACAAGGCAACUGUAAAGGAGUCUGGCUGAUGAUUUUUCAGUGUAUACACAACAUUUUCCUUUUUAGUAACAUUUUUUUCCCUACUGGGGAUCUGUUCAAAGAUGACACAUUUUGAAUUAAAACAAACUUACGAAAACACUUUAGAAAUGGGAGAGACAUUCAAAAAAAAAACCAAACCUUUAGGGUUUCCCUGGUGGCACAGUGGUUAAGAAUCCGCCUGCCAAUGCAGGGGACACGGGUUCGAGUCCUGGUCCGGGAAGAUCCCACAUGCCACAGAGCAACUAAGUUCGUGCGCCACAACUACUGAGCCUGCGCUCUAGAGCCCGCGAACCACAACUACUGAGCCCGCGAGCCUAGAGCCCGUGCUCCACAACAAGAGAAGCCACCGCAGAGAAGCCGGUGCACCACAACAAAGAGUAGCCCCCGCUCACCGCAACUAGAGAAAGCCCAAGCAGAGCAACGAAGACCUAAUGCAGCCAAAAAUAAAUAAAUAAAAUAAAUCAAAACAAAACAAAAACCUUUAAAAAAAAAACCCUUUAGGCCACAACAAGUGCGAGGCCCGCGUACCGCAAAAACAACAACAACAACAAAACCCUUUAGUAGGUCCCAAAUGAGUUUGAAAGAACUUUCUUAUGCUGUCACUGCCACUAAUUGCUAUCGCUUUGGCUGGGAAAGCCAUGCCCACAAACCCCUGUACCAGCAUGAAUAUUCCAGGUGCUUCCUUUCCCCCCACACCUCCCAUCUGGCUAAACCUAUAUAUCUGUCUCAAGCUGUGUAUUUACUAAAGUUAAUAGUUUAAUUCCCUUCAUGUUCUCAAAAUGAAUUUGCAUAUCUCAAUACCAUUUAUAAACUAUACAAAAUGUUCAAAAACUGUUUUACCUUAUACUCCCUCUCCCCACCCCCUGAAGAAGAGACUUUUUGAAAUAAAAAUCAAGAUAAAUGUGUGUACAUUCAGAAAUGGCUUGUGUUUGGUAUCAGGCAAUUACGUAAUGAGCAGCUGGGCUCCUCUCCAGUUAUAUGGCCUAAGGGAAGCAGAGAAGGGUUACAGCUGUAGAAGGAUGCUAGAAGAUUUCAGGAAUAGAAAGAAAAGAGUAACCAAUUUAGGAGAAGGCAGUAACUUCUCUGGGUUUGGGUGGGGGGUAUGAUAAACUUUCUAGGAGAGCUCUUUCUCGGUGCCAUUUUAUGACACCCAUAAUUCUAAGCAAGAGUUCCAUUUCUUAAGAAAAUAAAGGACAUACAUAACCCACAGGGAAUGUAAACAGUUUUAUUUAGAAACAGAUAGGUACCUGUUUGCAUUAUAGAAUAUAAAACUGGGUUUACACUCUAUAAAAAAUAACCAGUAUCCAAAUUCAAGAGAGCUAGCAUUCACAGAACACACAAUGUGGGUGUGCAGCUACUGUUCACCAGCCUCAGACUUGAUUUAAACCAAAAGAAAAAAAAAAAAAUCCAGGGGGAUCAUUAGAGCUUAGAGUACAAUGCUUACUGAUGAGCACCCAGCAUCCAGAAGUUGCUGUCUUGGCAGAUGGAGGUUUGCUUUCUAGGUGCAUGGCUUUAACAUAAGGCCUGGGUUCUCUGUACCUAGUGACCUAUGAGGAUCUCCUGCCACACAAUUCAUGAUGUGCCCUCUCCAAGCCAGGGUUGGUGGGCAUUAUUAAUUAUCCCUGAUCUUCUUAACAAUAAAAAUGGGGAAUCUGGAAGGCAGAGAAUUUCCACUCCCUUAUAUUGGGGUUAAAAGAAUGCAUCUACUCUCAAGAGCUCAAUGCAAAGGCUGGGGUGGAGUUACACAAUAUCCGGCUUUUUACCCGGCCAAGUAGCCCACCCUCAACAUGACUGUGGAAGACCAAAGGAUACACCUAGGUUCAGAUUAUAAUAAUCACCCAGCACCACCUGAAUGUAUUAUCCAGAAAGAUAUAUGAAAUAAUAACAGUUAGAGAUAUAUAUAUAUAUAUAUAUAUAUAUUUGUCUUAGUAACCUGAGGGCUAAAAACUUGGAAUAUAAUAAUUCUUCUCAAAGGAGGUCCAUCUGUAUGAAAGGGACCAAAAAAGACAGUUUCCUGUUAUGUAAAGUAUAGGUAAAGUGAGUUGGGAACAGAGGUGGUUUCUUCAGCUCCUUCUACAAUGUCCCUCUCUCUGAUAAGGAUUGGCCAUGUUGAUUCAUGAUAAACUUUUUUUUGGCAGUGGGGAGAUGGGGACAUAGGGAGUGAUGGGUCAAAGGCAGGAAGGGUGAGCGAUGGUCCUCAAACCAAAGAGCCCUCUCAUCUUUGAGUCUUAGCUCAAGCUCUCCAGCUGACACAGAAACAGGCCUGGUAGUAAGUGGUUAGCAUUCUGAGGUAUGAGGAUCCCUGGUAAAUUCAGCAGCAUGUGGUUUUUGGAAACCAGCCCACAAGAUAAGAACACUGCAACCAAGCCCCUAACUAAUACUGCUAUUUAACCACCGUCCAAAAGAGAAAGGAAAGAAAAAAAUCCCACCACACUAGGAGGUUCUAAGCUUUCAUUUAAGGUGGUCCAAAUAAUCUUCUCUUUAUUUUAUCUUCGAGUUUCUUAAGAGAAUCCUCAUUCAGUGAUCAUUUCUCUCAUUAAAGGCACUUUCAAUGACAUGAUUGGAAAGGAGUACAUUUUAACUGCAGUGCAGAUUAAUUCCUUGGAACACCUGGAGAAAUAGGAGCUGAACGGGGGCACUUACAGUGAUUCAAUAGGCAAGACAGUCUUGAGCACUUCAAUAGAUGCAUACCCAGAAAAAAGCAUGUGCCUUAAAAACACUUGUAUUUUUCCUUUAGUUUUCCAGCUGUUUCUAUGUAUAGCUCUGUAAAGAGAUCACACUCAGUACUUGAUUGAUUUUCAAGACAGUGGCCCCAACUCUUCCCACCACAGCUGUGCUUGACAAAAUUAGCAAACAGCUCGUCUUACAGGGAAGGAAAAAAAAGAAUAAUGAAAUCAAGUUGAGCCAAGCUUUCUUACAGCACAGGGAUGGGUCCUUGCCCAGACAAUGCCAGGACCUGGACCUGGAGCAGCUGAAUGAAAUAUUCGGCCCCUGCUACUUAUGCAGUAUACUUUUCAAUAGGCAAGUUUAAGUGUUCUCUCUCUAAAU